GUCAGGAAGUAAUCUCUGGAAAUAUGUCGGUUGAGUACUUGAGGCCGCCAUCGCUUGGUGACUUGCGGCCAUCUCGAGAUGCAUUCACGUAUGUGGAAAAGGGCAUGCGAUUUAUUGGCUGGAUGCCGCCAUCGAGAGACCAUCCCAAAUACUGGAGCUACUGCGCCUAUGCGUUCUUAGUAACGGGCUUAGCUGGCGCCUAUAUGCCCUUUGGCUUCUUCCUCAGCUACUUCGUCAACUUCAGUGGCUUCACGCCUGGAGAUUUUCUGACUUCCAUACAGGUCGCAUUCAAUUCGGCUUGCCUGGGAGUAAAGCUUAUCCUUAUCCUACCGAAUCUGUGGCGCUUCGAGCAGUUAAAGCAGCUACUCGAUAUAUUGGAUAGGCCAUGCAUCCAGGAGGGAGCAGGCGAAGUCAUACAUCGUUGCGUCGCACGCUGUAAUUUCAUCUAUAUGGUCUAUCAGACAGCGUACACCUCAUACACCGUGCUGACCUGCGCAAGCUCCUUUCUAACCGGGUCUACCCCUUGGGGAAUCUACAUUCCGUUCGUGGACUCCCAUUCUAGUAAGCAAGCCUUUUUGAUAGCAGCUUGCAUUGAAUCUUUCAUGGGAGCCGCAGCCGUCAUUAUGGAUCAAUUUAUAGACGUCUAUCCGGUAAUCUUCGGCAUCAUCUUAAGAACUCAUAUGAAACUUUUGAUAGCGCGCGUUGAGCGAUUGCGCAGGGGCCAGAGCCAAAGCGACGAUGAGGAGUACGCGAAGCUGGUCAACUGCAUCAAAGAUCACAAAAAUAUUCUCCACAGAUUUUCGAACGACAUUCGACCACUUGUAACAGGCCCCAUUUUUGCUCAGUUUCUAUCGAUUGGCUUGAGCCUGGGCCUUGCGAUGGUUAAUUUAAUGUUCUUUUCGACUAUCUGGACGGGCAUGGCCACGUUCGUCUUCAUUAUGGUCUUGAUGAUCGAAACAUUUCCGUUUUGUUUCAUCAGCGAGCUGAUUGCAGACGAUUGCAUCGAUCUGACUCAUGCCAUUUUUCAUUCGGAUUGGGUAAGUGCGAGCAAGCGUUAUAAGGCGACUCUUGCCUUCUUUCUGCAUCAGACCCAACAGCCGAUUGUCUUCAUUGCCGGCGGUAUCUUUCCUAUCUGCAUGAGAACCAACAUUGAGAUGGCCAAGCUGGCAUUCUCAGUGGUAACGAUUGUCAAGCAAAUGAAUAUUGUCGAGAAGCUAAAGUGAAAACAAUUUUCUGAAAUUAUAUGCACGUUGAAUUGCACGUAGGAAUGCUCUAAACACCUGUAGAAACACAGCACAGCAAUCGAAAUGA